UUUUCUCCGAAACGGUUCGAACCGGACCGAAGUGUCCUUCGGCCGCGCGAACCUCGUAGAUCCUGUUCAGUUGCUUCUCAUUGGAUUCUUGCCGGCAGAUCGUGUCCCCACCUUCCAAUUUCCACCACAAAGUCUCACUGUUUCCAUCCCAAUCCUCUCGAGCUCCUUAACCAUGGCCUCGCGCCUGUAGUUGCUCUCUCGGUCGGUUUGUCGCUGCGAUGGAAACACGACAAUGAACAUUAACUGCGUUUGUUGCUUCUCGCAGCUUACUAUGAACAGAGAAUCGGAGGGUCCGUGUGCCGAGGGGGUGGGUGACAUUCGAAGACCGAUUCGCAGGCGGAGUAAGUCCACCGACGAGACCGCGUGCUCUGCAAGGCGACAUCCUCCCGCGGAUGGGAAGAGCUCAACUUUUAGCACGGUCUAGGGCGGCAGGCCAUUUCGGGUUUUAAAUUGCGGAAUGGGUUGUAUGAGCUCUGCUGCAUUCACAACAGCAGUUGAACUGAUGGCCAAAAUGGCUAUUUCUAGAGCUAAAUUCAAUUAACAGCCCCUGUUUCCUUCCUUUUUCUCUGGUUCUGCUGAACUUGUUUCUCGCGUCUCUUAGCUUUGAUCCGCACCUCUUAGUUUAGCAUCGUACCCGGAAGGAAAAAACCUUGUAUGGUUUCCCUAAUCUUAUCUAUCGGAAAAUUCGCAAUUGACUCCUUCCUUUAUCCACUCUUGGCAUCAAUACUAGAAAGCGCAUGCAUCCGGUCCACGCAAUAACUUCUCUUUUGCGGGCACGGCAUUACCAAAAGCAAAAGCAUUGCUAACGACACCUACUCGGUCCGCCACGGACGGACGGGACGACAGUUCUAGCCGGCGGUUCGGAUCGCUCGAUCCAUCAUCGAACCAUCCGAAGCUCGUUAGAGAUGAAGAGGAACCGACCGUUGACCUGGCAGCCCGUACAAGUCAACCCCGCACCCACCAAACGCGGAUUUCAAACGGGAGCCCGUUAAACUGCAGCUCAGAGGCGCUUUGGAGUCCGCGGAGUGUGGACUCUCACACUCUGCGUACUACAAAAGCAAGAACCCAACCCAAAAAAAACCCCAAAAAAAAAAAAGAGGAAAAAAAUAGAGGAAAAAGAGCCCGAAACAGCAGCGAAGAAGAAGAAGAAGAAGAAGAGGAGGAAGCCAAAAAAGGGGUCGCGACAUAUCUCCCGGCAAAUUCCAUUUCCUUGUCGAUCAAGUCUUGCCACCGACCCGGUUGCUGCCGGCGGGGUUUCCUUCCUUCCUUACCUUACCUUACCUUCGGUCUCCGGUGGCUGGGUCGAGCUCGGUCGGCCGCCGCAGCGGCGCCGGUCCCUCCCAUGUUAGUGUAUUUGAGUUGCAUGUGGUGGAUUUUCCAUGGAAACAGUGGCCGGAGCUGAGGGGGUUGAUGAAGCCAUGUUCGAGGAUGGUGGGGUUGGGAAGAUCUCCCCCUCGACUUCCCCCACAAAGCAGAUUUCGGACCCAGUCGUCUAUAAGCUCGUCCGGGUGGAAGGUGAUGGGAGACUAGUGCCUGCAACAGAUGAUGAAAUCAUGGAGGUUGUGGAUCUGCUUAAAGAUGACACCAACGAAAUGCAUAUUGUUCCAGAGCCUGGGCAGGCAAUGGGAAUUUCCAUUGAGGAUUCUUCAUCCGGCAAAUCUCUGUCAGAGAUUUCAGGUUUUUCCAAGCUUGAGGAUGUGUAUGCUGAUGCAGAGAAUUUGGAAGCACCAAUUCAGGAAACUGCUGCUCCUGUAGCUCCAAGUCCGGACAUCGAUCAGAUGAAACAAUCUGUAGAUGCUGCAGAAUGCUCAAAUUCUCCAGAUCAAAUAAGAGAAAGUGAGUCGUCAUGUGCCGCUACCAGCUUGGUGCCUGAUUUUUCGAAAUUAGAAGGAAAAAUCUGCCUAGAUAAUCUAUCUAUCAGAGAACUACAUGAAACUUUUAGAGCUACCUUUGGGCGAGUGACUACUGUCAAAGACAAGACGUGGCUAAAAAGAAGAAUUGCCAUGGGAUUGAUCCACUCUUGCGAUAUUCCAAGUACAAGUUUUGUCAUAAAAGACAACCAAAUACUGAAACUUGGUGAAGAAGAAAAAUCCAACAAUUUUAAUUGUGCUGUUGCGACUGAUCAGGAUGUUGUGGCAAUAAAUGACCAACACACGGACUCGGACAUUUCUCAGAAAAAGCAGUUGGAAGAUUGUCAAUUAUCUGGAAAGAGAUUGAGAAACUGUGGGUCUAUUGAGGAUUCUCAGCCAGAAGUUAUAAGUCAGGAGCAGAAAACUGUCAAGAGAUUGAGAAACUGUGGGUCUAUUGAGGAUUCUCAGCCAGAAGUUCUAAGUCAGGAGCAGAAAACUGUCAAGAGAUUACGGAAGCCUACAAGAAGGUAUAUCGAAGAAGUUUCUGAAGUUGAACAUCAUGAGCGUACUGGGAGGUCAAUAAGUCCAGCUAAAAGCUGUGGAUGGGAUUGUCCGAAAUCCUGUGCUAGACCUGCCAAAAAUGUCUCUCUUGAUAGUAGAACUUAUGUCACAAGGCUGGAUUCUCUUGCCGGUCUACGAGUCCCAUGUGUUUCUCGGGUCAGAAGAAGCCGUCCCCGUAAAGAUAUUAUGGCUCUUGUGGGAUUUUAUCAUAGUAGUGGGGGCUUGUCUGGGAAAUUGGUGAGCAAGACCCUUGGAACCAGUUCUGAUCCUAAAAAGAUACAACACCAAGGUGUUCAGUUGGUGGAGAAAGAUAACCAAUGCAUGGCCAUUGAUAGAGUUGAGCCUGAGCAGAAUCUGGAGGCGAAGCAUGGAGAUUCAUCGGAUGAUGCAUCAAAAGACAAUAUAGUUACCGUGCCAACAGCAAAAGGUGGAAUAAGAAGGAAACAUCAUCGAGCUUGGACUCUUGCAGAAGUGAUGAGACUAGUAGAAGGCGUUUCAAGGUAUGGAGCUGGGAGGUGGUCUGAGAUCAAACGGCUUGCCUUUGCAUCCUAUUCAUACCGUACCUCUGUAGAUCUUAAGGACAAAUGGAGAAACUUGCUGAAGGCUAGCUUUGCACCAGCACCUGCAGAUAAAGUGAUGAAUCCAAGGAAACAUGUGUCAGCGCCGAUUCCAGCUCAGAUCUUGUUGCGGGUCAGAGAACUAGCCGAGUUGCAUGCUCAGGCUUCACCAAAUCUGAGCACGAGCAAGUCAGUGGGUUGUGUUGCAAGUGUAAAUGGGACCAGAUCAGGUUACUUGUAGCCAUUGUAAAUAAAACAGGUUUAGUUUGUCUAACUUUGAAUAAAAACCCCCCCGAAGUAGCCAAGUUCUCAGACUUUGAGCUAGUGCAAUCAGACGGAUCACCAUAUGUAAGUAUGUAACUGUUGGUCUCUCCUGAUUUAGAUGAGUAAUCAUGAUUCACCUGGUGGGUCGAAAUGUCGAGUCUGAUGUGGGGUUCGUCAUCCGUUAUGGUAUCGACGCACGUGAUCAUAGGAACAUUUCAGCCGCGGAGCUAGAUAUGCAGGUAAAUCUGUAUUCUGUAUGAAGAUGGGAGCCAAAAAUACUAAGGCUUAGCUUGAGUAAGUUUGAGAGACUUAAGACCUAGGCUUUGACCUUUUAUUUUGACGUGGCUUAGUAUGCCACUAGAUAAAUGUCGUAUGCUUUGACUGUUAUAAUCAUUUCUCUCCUCUUGGGAACUCAA